CCCCCACCUCCCUCGUCUGUCGUCCGUAUGAGACGUUGUUCUUCAGCUUCUCCGGACCCCGCUGUCACUCCGGAAGCACUGGUUCAAGCACAUGAGUGAUACUAGUGCCGAACUGCUCUACCUCGCGCAUUUCGCUCACACACAACGAGUACACCAGAUUGCGUGCACCGCAUUCUUGUUCUGGGAUCUGAGCACGACUCUGGACGAGGAGGUGGAGUACGUUUGGGGUUCUGCCAAUACCUUUCCGAAGUACUUGUACUUCAUAUCCAGGUAUCUGGGCUUGCUCGGACAAUUUGUUCUCUCCACUAAUGUGGUGCCAAUUUUCUGCUUCGACUACCUCAUGAUUAGCUUCGGCUUUUUGCUCAUGUUGAUCCUGAGCGUGGAAUUGAGCUUAAUGCUCCGGAUAGACGCGCUGUAUGGCAAUUCUAGAAGAGUGCGCUUCCUGUUGGGAUUUGCGUUCUUGGUGGAGAUGGCGUUCUCGUUAUGGCUCAACAUGGCGUCCAUUCCGUACAUCACUCACCAUCUAGCCGAGUUCCCUCCAGCUGUGCUUGUCAGAGGAUGUCUCCUUGAUAGAACCGACGUCAUGUACGUGCUUGCUUGGGUCCCCAUCACCGUAUUCGAGACGAUACUCUUUGUGCUGAAUGCUAUCAAGUGUAUCUCAUACAGCCCUUUGGACAACGCGCCGCUCAUCUACCAACUCUUUCGCGACAGCAGCCUCUAUUUCGCAAUCGUCCUCCUAUUUACUCUUUUCGUCACUAUCGGCGAAGUUCUGUGGCCCGCUGCGGCGACGCCGGUGGUUGUGUGGAUGCCUGCGGUCUUUUCAUACUCCGGAAGUCACCUUCUUCUGAGUAUCCGUAAAAUCGCCGCCCGCCGGCAACGCUUGGAGAUGACCUAUACGGUCUCUGUCGGCAUCCCACACAUCCAGGCUGGUUUCAGCACUUCAGAUUCGUCCUCUCUCGGCGAUGACACACCUUCGCUCCCUCCACGUGUUUCCAGCGCGUCCCGCGUACGGUCAUCCGUACAGGUCAACGUCGAAGCGAUCGAACUCGUCCCCCGCCGCACGUCUCUUGUUCUGACGUCAUACAGCGAGGAAUCACAGGAAGGGACCUCAGCUUUAAGUUACACAAGGGAUUGGAACGUUGUCUUUCCCGACAGCGUCCGGGAAAUACAUGUGGAACGCAGUAGGAGUAGAGGGCGUGUUUCGGACGAUCCUGAUUCCGGUGGCUUGCCGUGGCUGCAGCGUUGGAAUCCCUAGCGCCAUCCAGAUAUGUCGCGGACGGAGGGAGAUUUUCGUGUAUCAUAGCUUUGGCCCGGAUUUUUAGACCAUGCCACUCAUUCUGCAUACAGUAAAUUAUAAUCAAC